CUUUUCAAGCUGCAGCAAGCAGCAUGCCAAUGGAGAAAAUGCAGGGUUUUUAUAAACACCUUUCCUUGAGAGCCUUUUUCCUAGCCCUGUGGAUUAUUCUGGUCCAAGCAAGCAGGAUCAAUAUAGUGUCCAUCCCAGAGAAUCCCGCCGAAGGUCAGAACGUCACUUUCUCUGUGGAAAGAGUGCAGGGUGACAUCCGUGAAGUCAGCUGGUUCCGAGGGUUGGCUUCUCAGGGGUCUUCAAGGAUCUUCAGCUUCUUCCCCGGAAACUAUCGCCCUCAGCGCAACGGGGUUCAAUUUACCAACAGAGAAUUUGGUUUCCAUAAUGGAUCUAUCCAGAUUACUGGGCUGAAGCACAGCGAUGCCGGCCAGUACAAUGUUGUGAUUCUACUGCGGCCCAAAGAAAUUCUCAAUGGCUCCAUCGAUCUCCGGUUGGCUACACCACCUCUGACCACGGCGACAACAGCAACAACGGUGACCACAACAAGAAAAGGAACCUCCCCCGUUAAGGAGGUUCCCAAAGAACCUUCGAAGUUGGGCUGGAUUGUGGCUGGGGUUCUGGUUGGCGUUUUGCUGUGCGGGGCACUCAUCGCCGUGAUGGUUUACCGGUUUGUUUUACGGAAAUCGGAACCCAGCACAGGGGUAACAGGAAAAUUGGAUCUAGGUCUAGGAGUAAAAAAGUCACCUCCAUCUAAACAUGAUGACAAAGAACCCAUUUAUGAGGUAGUGGAUUCUGCAGUGGAAACACCAAAGGAUCUGCUCCCGAUCUCUGCCCCUCUUCCGCCUCUUCCAGGGACUUGCCCCAAGUUGGAUUCAAACUAUACGGACUUACUUUACAGUGAGAAGUCCGUUUACACUGAAAUCAAGAGAUGAUACUAUUGCUGAGAGAUUCCUGAUUCUUGGGUCAUCUCAGGUAAUGACCCAUCCAAAAACAUUGGGACAAAAACAAAAUACUGUAAUCCAAAUAUUUCUAUCUUUGUGGGAUCAAAGAAUCUUUCUCUGCCAGACUGCGAAUACAAAUAGCUUUAACCUAUUGUUAAAUCCAUAUUUUAUUGAACCCAAGACUGUCUCUUGAUGGCAUGGAGUCACACAGAGUUGGGCAGUCAGUUGGCCAACAUCUUUCACCCAAACUGUGGACCACGGUCUAGAAGAUCUAGAGGGAUGGAAGAGGAAAUGGAUAGCCGGGGCUGUCACUCAAUAUAGACUUGAUCGGGGGUUGGACUAGAAGACCAACAAGGACCCUUCCAACUCUGUUAUUCUGUGAUUGUGCAGUUCUUCUAAAAAUUCUGAGGACCCCAAAUAAUUCACAUAGAGAGAAAAAGCCUUAUUCUCUCCAGAUGUGUGUGUGUGUGUGUGCGUGUGUGGAUCUUGCACAGAUGUCCAUCUGACCUCAGCUUUGAGACACGAUGGUCGGCCUAGAAGAUGGGCUCCUCUGAGACAGCCAGAAAAUUGUGAGGACUUCUGAGGAUUUCACCAAUGUUGGUUUUCUAUCUCCAAGAGGAAGUGUAUUU